CGGCUUUCCAGAGCAACGGAGACGAAGGGCUCCUGCGGGAAAAUGCAAUGAUAUGAUGCUCCAGUUUAGAUUUUGAUUCUUCCACUGUCUCGACCGAAGAACACUGUGUUAGAAGAGCAGCCGGAUUUGUGCAGCGUACCCCGGUUUCCUCUCACUUUUCUUGGCAUGCCUUUGGAGCCCGGUCUCGGGGUAUUUUUCUCCUCUCCUCACGCACAUGAACGUCAAUGCAUGGAGCCAGAGGCAAGACUGGACCGCAAAACCGUUAUGGCUUUGUUUAAAUACUCCUAGUCUGCAGAUUGCAUCGCUGUCGGUCCGUUCGACUGUAUGUCAAAAUAAAUCUGAAGAAAAAAAGUAAGAAAUAAAAUAAUAGCAGGAAGAUGGCGCCCACCAAGCCUAGCAUUCAACAAGACCCUUCAAGAAGAGAACGCGACCCCUACUGGGAGAGGCCAGCUAAUGCCAGCUCGUGUUCAGCUUCUAGGCCCAAGACACUCCACCUUGGAGGGCAACAACAUACCUCAUCACCAUGGUUGCAGGCUCUGAGGAAGGAGAAGUCCCGGGACGCCGCACGCUCGCGGCGGGGGAAGGAGAACUUUGAGUUCUAUGAGCUGGCCAAGAUGCUGCCGCUCCCGGGCGCCAUCACCAGCCAGCUGGACAAAGCCUCCAUUAUCCGCCUCACCAUCAGCUACCUGAAGAUGAGGGACUUCGCCAACCAGGGAGACCCGCCGUGGAACCUGCGCAUAGAGGGCCCGCCCCCCAACACCUCCGUAAAAGCUAUCGGGACUCAGCGUCGGAGGAGUCCUAACGUGGUGGCCUCCGAGAUCUUUGAGCCACACCUUGGGAGCCACAUCCUGCAGUCCCUGGACGGAUUCGUAUUUGCACUAAACAAGGAGGGGAGGUUUUUGUACAUCUCGGAGACGGUGUCCAUAUAUCUCGGGCUCUCGCAGGUGGAGCUGACGGGCAGCAGCGUGUUCGACUAUGUCCACCCCGGCGACCACGUGGAGAUGGCCGAACAGCUGGGCAUGAAGCUGCCUCCGGGCCGAGGCCUGCUCUCCCAAGGCACCACCGAGGACGGAGCCAGCUCCGCGUCUUCAUCCUCACAAUCCGAAACCCCAGAGCCAGUGGAGUCCACCAGUCCCAGCUUGUUGGCUCCAGACAACACUCUGGAGCGCUCCUUCUUCAUCCGCAUGAAGUCCACGCUGACCAAGAGAGGAGUCCACAUCAAGUCGUCCGGGUACAAGGUCAUCCACGUCACUGGCAGACUUCGCAUCCGCAUGGCCCUGACUCACAGUCGAUCGGUACCCAACCAGAUCAUGGGAAUGGUGGUGGUUGCCCACGCCCUCCCCCCGCCCACCAUCAACGAGGUCCGCAUCGAUUGCCAGAUGUUCGUCACCAGGGUCAAUAUGGACCUUAACAUCGUCUACUGUGAGAACAGAAUCAGCGACUACAUGGACCUCACGCCAGUCGACAUCGUGGGGAAGAGAUGCUACCAGUUCAUUCAUGCGGAGGACGUGGAGGGCAUCCGCCAUAGCCAUCUGGAUUUGAUGAACAAGGGCCAGUGCGUCACCAAGUAUUACCGCUGGAUCCAGAAGAACGGCGGCUACAUCUGGAUCCAGUCCAGCGCCACCAUCGCCAUCAAUGCCAAGAACGCCAACGAGAAGAACAUCAUCUGGGUCAACUACGUGCUCAGCAACCCGGAGUACAAGGACACGCCCAUGGACAUCGCCCAGCUCCCCAACCUUCCGGAGAAGACGUCCGAAUCCUCCGAGACCUCCGACUCCGAGUCCGACUCCAAAGAGAACUCAGAAGACAACGAGAACUCCAAAUCGGACGGGAAAGGGAACCAGUCGGAGAACAGUGAGGACCCCGAGGCAGACAAGAAGCAGCCGGGCCGGCCCUCGGAGCAGGAGAUGAGGCGGCAGGAGGAGGGCGACAGCUCCAGCAACCCGGAGAGCCAGGACAGCGAGGACAGCCUGGAGCCGUCGGACUGCGAGGGCGACAGCAAGGAGGGCCGCCUGGGCCGUCUGGGCGGCCUGCACAUCAAGGUGGAGCGCUACGGCGAGGGCGAGGGCGUCGAGCUGCACGACUCGCGGUCCUCGUCGGAUGACGAGGACGAGGACGAAGACCAGGACAGCUCCAGGGACUCGGACAGCGGAGGCGAGAUGGCGUCCCCGGCCGCCAGCAAGCACCAGAAGCGCAAGAAGCGGCGGAAAAAACAGAAGGGCGUGGUCAGCCGGCGGCCUCGCCUCUCCUCCACCUCCCCCAGCCCCGGCGCUCCCCUGGACCCCGCCCUGGGGGAGCAGCCCUCGCUCCUGCCCCCGCCCUCCCCCGCCAGUGCCUCCGUGCUCAAGAUCAAGACCGAGAUGUCUGAGCCUAUCAACUUCGACAACGACAGCAGCAUCUGGAACUACCCGCCCAACAGGGAGAUCUCGAGGAACGAGUCUCCCUAUAGCAUGACCAAGCCCCCCACCUCUGGCUCCUCCUCCUCCGCCCCCGAGCACUUCCCCUCCCCGCAGGGCGGGAGCCUGCAGGUGUCCAUCCCGGAAUCCGUCCUCACGCCCCCGGGGACGGAAGGUUCCGGAGCCCGGAAGGCGGCCUUCGGCGGCAGCGCCCCCUCCUCGGCCUCCAGCGCCGCCAGCCUGGCCCCGCCCUCCAGCUCCUCGUCCUCCGACCCCCUCUCCCCGCCGCUCUCGGCCUCCCCACGAGACAAGCAGCAGGGAACUCCAAGUACUUCCAGCUCUUUGCUGUACACCAGCGACCUGGAGGCCCUGCAGAGGCUCCAGGCGGGCAACGUGGUGCUUCCGCUGGUUCAUCGGGUGACGGGCACCCUGGCUGCCACCAGCACUGCUGCCCAACGGGUCUACACCACCGGCACCAUCCGCUACGCCCCGGCCGACGUCACCCUGGCCAUGCAAGGCAACCUGCUGCCCAACGCCCACGCCAUGAACUUCGUCGACGUCAACAGCCCCGGUUUCGGCAUCGACCCCAAGACGCCCAUGGAGAUGCUGUACCACCACGUGCACCGGCUCAACAUGUCCGGCCCCUUCGGGGGAGCCGUCAGCGGGGCCAGCCUCAGCCAGAUGCCGGCCGGGAAUGUCUUCACCACGGCCGAUGGACUCUUCUCCACCCUUCCGUUCCCCGUCUACAGCAAUGGGAUCCACACCACACAAACUCUGGAGCGCAAAGAAGAUUAAAGCAAAACUCCGAGACCAUAUUACUGUGUUCAACUGUCAAAGACUCUUUGAGGCGUAAGACUGUGUUUCAAGUUGGAAAAAGAAAAAAUAAUUUUAGCACUUUGAAUUUGAGCGAAUGAGCUCGUGGUAUUGAAAUGAAUGGUCCCCAUGUCUUUUCUUUCUCUCUGGUUCUCUUCUCUCUCUCUUGCUCUCCCUCUCUAUCUCUUUCUCUCUCUCUCUCUCUCUCUCUCCUGUUCAUGAUAUUUCUCUCUAUGAACUAAAACUGAUUAUUCUUUAUUGUAAAGAGUUCCUUUAUGCCUACAGGGAGUCCUCCAGAGUAGAUGACAACUGUUCUGUGGUCUUCUGAGGUGUACCAUUUAUUUGAGUUGAUUUUGUUGCUUCUUGAUGAAGAUGCCUUCGAUUUGUAUAUUUAAAGGUAGCGGAAAAGAUAAUUGUCAGAGAAGUAAAAAAAAACAAAAAACCUAAAGGUUUCUAUCCAUAUCUUGAUGUGAUCAAGGUUGAAGAAAGGAGGUUACCCUGUUUGACAUAGUUGAAGGGGUUUUUAUUGUUCUUUCUAAUCGGGGGAAUAGUAUUUUAGAAUUAAUGCUUUUCUCUUUUUUUAUAGCUCAGAUUUAACUUGCAAAUCACACAUUAAAAAGCAAUUUCAACCGGGUAUUGGCCUGUGAAUAGAAUGUUACUACAAAAAUCACGGGACUUUGGAGCAGGUCAGUCCCAGCACUCCCCAUUCCAUUUCCUCUUUGCCGACUCAUGGUGCUACCAUUACGUAACCCUCAUUCAGCUGGCUGAAGUAGGUGCCGCUCCAGUGGUCUACUGUAGAUAAGUGACAGGUUGAGAGAUUUUCUACAGAAAAAUCUUACCUCUGCUCUAACGAAUAUGUCUUCACAGUCACCGCUCCAGUCAGUUCAGACUUUUUCGAGAGCUCGAUUUGAUUGAGCCCAAGGAAUGGACUUUGGAGUUAGGCUGAUGCUUUGUUUUUUUACUUUUUAACUCAAUCAUUGUUUUCUCAGUAUAACUGAGGCUAAUUUUGCAUCAUUAACUUGAAAAGUUUGCGUUUUUGCGAAUGUUUGAAGCCGACCGGCUUCAGUCAGUCGGUUUUGAUUCUUUUUUUCUUCUUUUUUUGUUGUCCCUCUUUACAUUUGAUCCAAUGUGUUUGAGUCCAUCAGCCUCUCAAUCUGUUCUCCCUUUCCACUUUCCUCUCACGUUCCAAACUCGGAAAUUUCAGAUCCGUCGAUGAGAUUGUAACAAAUACAUGCAUUUCAAUCAAAGUGAAAUACUGUGUUAAAAAAAAAAAAAAAUCACAUUCCUGAUUUUUUUUUUUUUUCCUUUUCCUCUCCGUUGCCAAAAAGUUAAUGUCGCAGUUCGGUGUUAAAAGCACUGUGAUUGUUGUUUUAAAAAGAAAAAAACAGUAAUAAAAUGGGAAAAAAAUCUUUCACUUCAUCAUUUGGCAGCCGUCCAUCAAAGGCAUCUAUUACCAAGCGUGAGAUCCGUAACGUGUACAAUGUGUUAGUGUCAUUGGCUGUCAGUCUCCAUGGCGAUUUCAGUGUGUGUUACUAUAUGCAGUAUAUACCGAGCUGAUGUAGCUGUUCUGUCCUUUGUCUUCUCUGUGCUUUAUCUCUAGUCUGGGGUAGGUAAGGAGGUGGGGCAUCCCCCCUCUAUGCCACCCCUCUGCAGUCCUAGUGAACCAGUGAUUCUUGGAGGUUAGUGGAUUUUGUGUGGUGGCCUUCUUAUGUAAUGUCACCUUUUUGCUGCUUCCUUUUGUCUGUAUUCCUUUCUGUUUCUGCUAUUGCUUUGCUGUCGUGUAGUCUACAGACCUCUCUUUCUCUCAGAGAUAAAAGACUCUUAACUAGCUCAAAGGUUUAUGGAGCCAUUUUUUUGCCACUGAGGAAUUCUGGGACUUCAGUUUCCAGCUUGCUAUACAUUUACACUAUAAAAACUAUGACAAAAAAAAAAAAUUAAGUAGCACUUAGAUGUAUGUAACAGACUGGAACCAUAAAAGCCUCAGUUGUGAAACAUUCCCAGAGUCCCUUGUGCUAAUAUUGUAUGCAUUGGGUGUAUUUCAUUGGUUUCCACCAAACCUGUUGACUUCAAGGACCCUGCAACACACAAGAAAAAAAAAAAAAAAAAGAUCAUGAUCGUAUUUCAGGACAAUAAACAAUUUUAAAGAUUUCUUAAAGAAAUGAAAAGAAAAUGUUUCGCACUAUAAAUCUAUUUUUAUAGGUGUUUUGGAAAUGCAUGUUUACUAAGUUGACUGUUUAGUUUACUUGAUUUUGUUCGGUCCAGCGGCUUUGUCAACAUUUAGUGUUUUUUAGUCUGUCCAGCAAAGGGAGGGGGGAGCCUUUGUCUUUUUAACUGAAUCAGACUACUCCCCUACAUCAGGAAACAAGUCUCUGUGGUUUCUGUGAAGGUGUCUUGUUACUCGAACCCAGGUCAUAAAAGAUAUGUGUUUAAAAAAAAAAAAUGUUUAAAAAAAAAAAGAAGAAAAAAAAAAGGUGAAAUUGGGGUUGGCUGGCAGGUGGGUCCGGGAGAGCUCGAGAUUGCUGGCUUAAUAGAUUUUAGUGUUUUCUACGAAGCAGAGUGUGGGGUGUGGGGGUUUUGGGGAGGGGGCAGCUCUAAAUCAGACACUGUGGACCAGGAAAUACACCCAUAUGUUACAAAAGAACAGCGGGAUGAGCUGUUUUAAUGUUUCUGUGUUGUGUCAAAAUGAUUGCUGGUGAUUUAAACUAAACCUAAUCUCAGCUGCUGUCAGAUACAUAGUGUUUAAAAAUUACAGUAUGAAAAAAACACUUCAUUACCUGUGAAGACUGUGUCUGUGUUUUUAACUAUUUCUUGUACAAUUAUACAGAUUCUUUUAUGAGGAACUUGGUGCCAAGUAGAUGAAUAAGGGGGAAAGGGAUUCUCUUAGUAUCAAUGUUAACAGUGUUAUAAAUUCUAAAUACAAACAAAUUAAAAUAUUAAAAAGAGAAAACUAUGGUACAUUUUUAUUUUUUUGGUUUUGAAAAACAUGACUAACAGAUGCUGACUACGAGUGCCUGGCUUAUUUUUUUGAGAAACAUCUUUUUUUCUUUUCAUUGACCAUGAAUAAUGCUGCAGUUCAGAAAUGUACAUACUUCAUUUUUACAACAGGGUUAUUUUAUACUUUUGUAGAUUCUCAUCAGUUUCCGAGAAGCAUGUCAUACAUGGUUGUCUUUCUGUAACACAGUUUUUUACCAUCUUACAGGUGCCAUAUUCAUAAUAAACUUCUCUUGGAUUUGUUA